AUGAACGACGAAAGGUCGCAGAAAACGGCCUACAACAUGUCACCGCAACGAAACUUGGCGCCAUAUUCCGCUCAGUCCUACCGGAGGGCUCGUGUCUCAAAGAUAGCAGAAAGCCCGACCGCCAAGCCUGGCAAUAGCAGAGACAACGGUGCAUUUGCCGAUUUCGUUGGUGCUGAUGGCAAUUCGAUUUGGGCUGCCACGACGUCAGGACGUGAUGCCAUACUUACUCAUCUUCUGGCUUGUAUGUUGGCCUUGGGAAGUUCUUCGAAUCAGGUCGUUGCACAAAAAGAUUCAUUACUUCCGAACGGGGGCUUGCUCACCCUUGGGGUCAAAUCCGCGUCUCUAACGCUACCUAAAGGGGUAUUCUGGUCGCUACCCUUGGCCUAUCUGCGAUAUUAUGGAAAUUCCGUCACAGUCACUAAAACGGUCAGCGACAACCAUGGCUAUGGCUCGAUGAAAGAUCUCGCACUGAUAGCCUUGGGUGACCUGUUCCGAGACCGUGCCUUCAAGGGAUGA